AUGACCGGCCUGGCGACCUUCAUGACGAAAAUCUUCGAGUCGCAGCUGGGCAUGAGCUCCUCCGCCAUGGCCCCCCUACUGGGUAGCGUGGCGGUGCCGGGCGCUUGCGGCGGCAUCCUCCUGGGCGGCUACUGCGUGCACAAGCUGAACCUGGACGUCGACGGCAUCGUGCGCAUGUGCCUGGUGUGCUCGGUGGCGGCGUGGCUGAGCUGCUUCGUGCUCCUCUACAGCUGCCCCGCGCCGACCUUCUUCGGCUUGAACCACACGUCGAGCCGGUUCUUCGUCUCCAACGUGUCCAACCAGUUCGACCAGCCGUGCAACGCCAACUGCCACUGCCCCAUCGAGAACUACGACCCGGUGUGCGGCAAGGACAGGCUCACCUACUAUUCGCCCUGCUUCGCCGGCUGCAAGCGGGACUACAUCUACGAACACGUCAAGGUGUACACGGACUGCCAGUGCAUCUCGCACCCUGGCGUGGAGACGAUGGUGCUGUGGGGAUUGCCGCAGAAGGUGCAGGCGGAUCGGAGGAAGUGCGUGCACGAGUGCAACGCCCUAUUCGCCUACAUGAGCGGCAUAUUCAUCUACACGUUCUUCACCUUCUUCCUCUGCACGCCAGGAGUGUCGGCCACGAUACGAUGCGUCGAUGAACACUUGAAGGCCUUCUCGUUGGGGUUUCAAUGGAUGAUGGUGACCUUAUUAGGUGCCAUCCCCGCAGCGGUGCUGUUCGGCUUCGUGAUCGACAACAGCUGCGUCCUGUGGAACACGGUGUGCGAGCAGCUGGGCGCGUGCGCCGUGCACGACAACGAGGUCAUGUCGCGCAACCUGUUCACGGCCGUCAUCGUCCUCAAGACGCUCUCCAUGCUGUUCUUCGUCAACGCGCUCAUAUCCCUGCGUGGCUCCGGCAGCUACCGAGGCAGCCGCGACGGCACGCCCGAGUGCGACACGAGCUCCGCCACCGCGACGGUCAUGCAAUCGGCGCACAAGCUGGCCCGCCUCAUCCAGCGUCGAGCCUCGUCCGGCUCCCUGUACUGA